GGAUAGUUUCCGAUGGCGAUGAAUUAUAAUGCCAAGGAGGAAGAUGGACAUAAUCACACGUCGGGUGUUGGUCCUAAUUUAGGGAAGAGCAAAAAGCCUGAUAAUACGGCCUUCAAACAGCAGCGCCUCCCUGCCUGGCAGCCCAUUCUCACAGCCGGUACCGUUCUACCAGCGUUCUUUAUUAUCGGGAUCGUGUUUAUUCCCAUCGGGAUCGGCAUUUUUGUCACUUCCAAUAACAUCCGGGAAUUCGAGAUUGACUACACUGGAAUAGAUCCCAGCAGUCCUUGCUACAAGUGCUUAAAUGUCACCUUGAAUGACCCACCAUGUACUUGCACUAUUAAUUUUACUUUAGAUUAUGCAUUUGAGAGCAAUGUUUUUAUGUAUUAUGGACUAUCAAACUUCUAUCAGAAUCAUCGUCGAUAUGUCAAAUCCAGAGAUGAUAGUCAACUAAAUGGAGACAAAAAUUCUCUUACAAACCCAAGUAAGGAGUGUGAGCCAUACCGAACCAAUGGAAGUAAGCCUAUUGCUCCAUGUGGUGCCAUUGCCAACAGUAUGUUUAAUGACACACUAGUUCUGUAUCAAAUUGUGAAUGGUGCAGAAAAACAGAUUCCACUGGUCAAAAAAGGUAUUGCUUGGUGGACAGAUAAAAAUGUGAAGUUCAAAAAUCCCACUGGAAAUGCAAGUAACCUAGAAGCUGUUUUUGCAGGUACAACAAAGCCAAUUAACUGGAAAAAAACAGUUUAUGAGCUAGAUCCAAGUGAGCCCGAUAACAAUGGAUUCAUCAAUGAAGAUUUUAUUGUAUGGAUGCGUACUGCUGCUUUGCCUACAUUCAGAAAGCUUUAUCGUUUGAUAGAGAAGACUGAUGCUACAUAUCCAACUCUGGCACCUGGCAAUUACUCUCUUGUUGUUGAAUACAAUUACCCUGUUCGCAGCUUUGAUGGAAGGAAGAGGAUGAUUCUCAGCACCAUCUCCUGGAUGGGAGGAAAAAAUCCAUUCUUGGGAAUUGCUUACAUUACCGUGGGAUCAAUAUGCUUUUUCCUUGGUGUUGUACUGUUUGUUAUACAUCAUAAAUAUGGAAACCGUAACAAUAGCGCUGAUAUUCCCAACUAAUUGUUGAUACAGUACUACUUGCAUGUGCAUCUGGGCAAAUUCCACACUGCACAAAAACAUGUAUGCUAUAUUCCAGCUAUAGUAUUUUUAAUGAGUGGGCACAAAUUUUAAGGCCUUUUUAUUUGUUGUAAUCUGGGAGAAAACUAGUAAAGUAUUGCUGAAAUAUGAAAUAUUGAAACUAAACUU